GCCGCAUCUUGCCCAGAGCCCCAUGCUGGGGACAGCGAGCAGGAAGUCGUACCGAGGGCGCGGCUUGGGCAGCGUUGCAAGUGCAGCCGAGGGCGGUACUGCAGGUGCACCAGAGGGCACCGCCGGGCGUGAGCACCAGGUUCCUUCGUCAGCCAGGACACCAGAGCCCAGUCGGGUGGACGGACGGGUCCCUCUGAAGCGGUCCAGGAUCCUGCGCAUGGCGCUGACUGGAGCCUCUUCUGUCUCCGAGGAGGCAGACAGCGGGAACAAGCCAUUUCUGCUCCGGGCUCUGCAGAUCGCGCUGGUGGUCUCUCUCUACUGGGUCACCUCCAUCUCCAUGGUAUUCCUCAACAAGUACCUGCUAGACAGCCCCUCCCUGCAGCUGGAUACCCCCAUCUUCGUCACCUUCUACCAAUGCCUGGUGACCUCACUGCUGUGCAAGGGCCUCAGCACCCUGGCCACCUGCUGCCCUGGCGCAGUAGACUUUCCCACUCUAAACCUGGACCUCAAGGUGGCCCGAAGUGUGCUGCCGCUGUCUGUGGUCUUUAUUGGCAUGAUAACCUUCAAUAACCUCUGCCUCAAGUACGUGGGGGUGGCCUUCUACAACGUGGGACGCUCGCUCACCACCGUGUUCAAUGUGCUUCUCUCCUACCUGCUGCUCAAACAGACUACUUCCUUCUACGCCCUGCUCACCUGCGGCGUCAUCAUUGGUGGUUUCUGGCUGGGUAUAGACCAAGAGGGAGCUGAGGGCACCCUGUCCCUGACGGGCACCAUCUUCGGGGUGCUGGCCAGCCUCUGUGUCUCACUCAAUGCCAUCUAUACCAAGAAGGUGCUCCCUGCCGUAGACCACAGCAUCUGGCGCCUGACCUUCUAUAACAAUGUCAACGCCUGUGUGCUCUUCUUGCCCCUGAUGGUGGUGCUGGGCGAACUCCAUUCCCUCCUGGCCUUCGCUCAUCUGAACAGUGCUCACUUCUGGGCCAUGAUGACGCUGGGUGGCCUGUUCGGCUUCGCCAUCGGCUAUGUGACAGGACUGCAGAUCAAAUUCACCAGUCCUCUGACCCAUAAUGUGUCGGGCACGGCCAAGGCCUGUGCGCAGACAGUGCUGGCUGUGCUCUACUACGAAGAGAUCAAGAGCUUCCUGUGGUGGACAAGCAACUUGAUGGUGCUCGGGGGCUCCUCCGCCUACACCUGGGUCAGGGGCUGGGAGAUGCAGAAGACCCAGGAGGACCCCAGCUCCAAAGACGGCGAGAAGAGUGCUAUUGGGGUGUGAGCUCCUUCCGGAACCCAGGGCUGAGCUCAGGUGGGCCUGCCCAGCACUGAAGGCUUCCCAUAGGGCCAACUGGGUGUGGCCCUGAGCAAUAUUGUUUACAUCCUCCUCAGAAUAUGAUCUAAGAGGAGCCGGGUUCUUUCCUGGUCAUGUCAGAAAGCUGCCAAAUCUCCUGCUGCCCCAUCUUCUUGUCUUGGGAAAGCCCUACUGGGUGUAGCACCCUUCCUGCUUCCUCCUGGGGCCCAUCUACCUCCAUGUCGCCUCUGGGGUUGGGGCCAGCUGCACUCUUUGGGGACUGGACUGAUGAAGUGAUGUCUUACUUUCUACAUAAGGGAGAGGGGUUGGGUUAUAGCUAGUUGAAGGGAGCUGGGUGACCCCACAUCUCUGGGGCCCUGGGCAGAUGGCAUAGUAGCUCAGGUGCUAUUAACAUCAGUAACACUCCAGUUGGGAGCUGAGCCAAGAGAAAGAAAUGGCUGAUCUGCCCUCUUCUGUGUGGAUGGGUCUGACAGACCCACUGUCCAUGGGAGCUGUAUCCAGGAUGGCUGGCGGGGGAAAAAACUCACCUCUGCACUCCAUACUUUAGAAGUGGGGGGCACACGUUUUUACAGAUUAAGUGGGGUGAUGAAUACCCCUACAGCCCCUAACCCUGUUUUUCCUGUCUGGCUUCUCUUGGCCCAGAGGGGCCACCAUCCUGUUCUCCAACACCUGGCCCAGCUACCUGGCUCUACCCUCUUUCCAUACUCCCUUUUCCACAUCAGCCCUGCCCCCAACACCUCCAUCUGCAGGCAAGAAGUGGGGUCCACUCAUAGCCUCUGUUCCCAUGGGCUUGGACCCUAAGCCCCUUAUGAUGGUAAGAGACACUUACGUUCUCUGAGCCUGGGGCCGAAGGAGCCCACUGAUUCUCAGAGUUAGCCCAUCAGGCUCCUGUCACAAAAUAGCCUAGACUGUGUGGCUAAGAACAGUGGAGGUUGACUUGUAACUGUUCUGGGGACAGCAACACCCACAUCAAGGUACCCAUAGGCCCAGUGUUUCAGAGGAAACCCCUCUGCCUACAUUCUCACAUGGUAGAGAAACUCCCUCAGGCCUCUUGUAUAGGAGUACUCGCCCCACGAGGGCUCCACCCGUGACCUAAUCACCCCCAAAGCCUUCAACAGAAGGACUCCAACAUGAAUUUGGGGACAGAAGCACUCAGACCAUGAUGCCCCAGCACCACACCCUCCUAACCUCAGGGUAGCUGUCACUCUCCUAGUCCCUUCUGUUUGGCCUUUUGUACCCCCAUUUCCUUGGGGUAAUGUUCAAUGUCUUUUUUCCCUUUCAUGGGAAGAUGGGGAAACCAUGUCCAGCCUUUGAUUCCUAUUCCCCACAGGUUCUAAUGAAGUUGGUGGGGCCUGAUGCCCUGAAUUGUAUGUGAUUUAAUAAAAAAUUAAAAAACAAAAACAAAAAAACAAGG